GUUGAUGUACGAUUCAUCAAGAGCACGCGCUAGCAGCUUCGGCAUCCUCGUGUCGAAUCAAUGAUUGAACAUCCCUCCUGUACACCGACCCUACACAACCCUGCGAAUCUUCACUAUCUUUCAACCCGGAUACAGGCAAAGCAAUUUCCUACUAAGAAGUGAGUGAAAGUUUUUUCAGGUUUUCUUUUGGUGAAUACGCACAUCAUGAAAAUGAAUGUUUUUCACCUAGUACCCAUUCCUAUUCAAUGAAAACCGAUAGGGCACCAAGGUGAUUGUCUUGUAGACGAAGCUGUGGUGGUUACGGUACUUGAGAGAAAUUAAAGAUGAGUUUAUUAAUUUUUUGAACUACAAACGGUCGUUUUCUUACGUAUUGAAAUUAGAAAACUUAUCUACUUCUUUCUGUGAUUCUUGAUAAAAAAGCGGAUAGCAUCGAUCAACAACAUGUUCCCUCUUUGAAAUUUGGUUUUUUUGAUGAGGAUGGAAUAACGGAAACCAUCUUCUGAACCCCAAGAAGUUGCUCCGAAGGCAGCUUGUUCUUAUCGAGGGUUCUUCUUCUUGGUACGCUUGCGUUGUGAGGGAUUUAUGCCCUGCGCAGUGUGCCUGGGACUCUUCAGUUCAAGAGCAACUACUCUUGGUCUAUUUCGAUUUCGAUAGUGGAAGUAGUGGCAGGCAAGAGGUGAUUGAUACAAGGAGCACGAAGAACAAAACAGCGUGACGUUUCACAUACGACACCACUAGGAAUAAUUGCUCGUCCUGCGAAUACAUAGUAGGACUUAGACGAAUACAGCAUCUAGUAUCAGCGUUGCGACACGACAGAUUACUAGUACCCCAGCGAGCCUUUCUUGUGCAAACUCCGAGAUAUCAGUUAAGCAUUGCAUUGCAGUGAAGUUGCACAAGUGCAGUGCAGGAGUAAAUUACCAUUCCUAGUAGUAAAAGAGCCUGGACGUUACGGGGCGUUUUCUGCGAAGACAGUGCCAGUUUUAUACUACGAGAACAAAGGAAAUAGCAGUCGAGAUCAAUUAUCCGGCGCUCGUUGAUCGUUGACAUCACAGCUACAACGCACUACCUACCUACCUACUACGACUAGUUGCUUGGACAGCAAACAACAAGAUGCAGUUCGUCCCGAUGUUAGCGACGAGUAACGCUCCGGCGACUUCGUCGUCGGGGCCUCGGGAGUCCCCAAGAGGGGGACCACUUGGAAGUCCACGGGGAUCUCCAAGAUUGAUGGACCAUCCAGCUGCCAGUCCACGGUUACAGCCACUUACGGGUCCAGCACCGAAACCACACCCCUACCCGGAAAACGUAUUAACAAAAACUACUACGACUUAAACUAUUGAAGAUAGAUCUUUGAGGUUAGUACAGGAGUAGAAAUCUGUUUAUUAUGGACUAUUUUGAUGGAUUUUUUGCUCCUGAACCUGACUCCUUGAAACCAUUGGACACUACCCUGACCCCCACGACAACAGGCCCGUAUCUUGAUUCGGGGACAGGAUGCCAAAGUCGCCACCCUUGUUGGCAAGAACGAUUUGUCCACGUCAGAUGCCGUGAACCAAAUUCUCGGACUAAUCGGCCCCACUGUGAUGAAUCCACUCGAGCUACUCGCAGUGAUAAGCAGAAAUCUCCAUGCCAUGGACAGACUCGACGACUAUGCCAAGUGCAUGGUGGACGCGCUGGCCAAAAUACGGCACAAGGCAAAUAGCAUUCCGGGGAGUAGGGAUUUGAAAUCGGCGUUGGACGAUAGCAAGGAGUAUUCGUUUGCGGCAGAACUGAUUAGUAACCAGGUGGCGCAUCUGAUGUUUCUGGCGGAGGGAACACCAGCGACGGCGAAAGCAAAGAGGAGACAGUAAGGACCUUUUUAUUUUUUACCGAGUUUUUAUGAAUGUUGCAUAGAAUGCAGAACCAAUAAGAUUGUAGAAGAAAAAAAGAAGUGCUGAUCAUCCACGGUCGUGUUUAUGCCGGGAAGAUUUUCGACCACCACUUCACCCCAGGCACAUCGACGAAGCACGCAAGUUGAUUCAGGAGGCUGAGCGUUUUGGUAUGUUCAAGAGCGCAGCACGGAUGUACGUUUGUCGGGCCCAGUGCUCCGUUCUCGAAUAUCAGAUUGGUUCCAAAGUUAGUGAACGGCCUCUGCGUCAGGCAGAAGCCGACUUCAAGCAGGCUGCCGAGAUGUGCACAGCAGAGCAGAAGCGGCUUGAUGCAGAAACACCGUAUAUCCGAAAGGAAGUCCACAGUUUGGCGUACGUAGGACUCGGGACUUUGUACUACAUGCAGAGGAAGUACAAAAGUGCGUUGGACGCUUUUGAGAGCGCGAUAUUCACGGUGCAUCAGUAUGGAGUGCAUACGCUAUGGUAAGAGGGGCAGUUUACUUUGCGAAUUUUGGGGUGUUAUGAUGCAUCAUGCUACGUCAACUGUAGGUAGCAGGAAGCUCUUGAAACAAAAUCGUAGCUGCAAUGGCGACAUUUUACCCAAGGAAGAAUGAGUUUCGUCUUCUGAAUUGUGAAACUCUACCUAGAAUUUUUAAAAUUUUCAUUCACUCAUUCUUAGGUUCCUCGCUCUCUGUCACAUGGCCAUGGGUGACGAUAAUAAGGCGCAGUUGGCAGUCAGAGAAGUCCUCAAUGCCGAUCCGCAGCAUCCGGAGGCUACAGCUGCCAUGCUCAAAUGGUUACCCAAGAACGCACUUAACUACACCGCCAAGUCACCAGAGUACCUCAAGAUUAAGGGCACAAGAAAUACAUCGUCCCCAGGAGUAUUUUGGUCCUCCCGUUCUUCUUACAGAGAAGAAAAGGAGACCCAAGAUGCUGCUGAGGAUGCUGGGCCUCCAUUAGACCACCUCUAAAAUGAACAUCUACACCCUCUCCGCCGCGAACAACUCGUGUAUGCAGACGUUUGUGGAUACGGCGCUUGGAGCAGCGAAUGCAGUGGGGGAUGCCAAUGUCCGCAAUGAACAGUACGAACUUCUUGAGAGGAUGCUGUUGAAGACACUGGAGAACGCAACGCACGAACAGGACACAGUGGAGACGCACUAUCUCUUAGGCGAAAUGGAGCAGCAAAGGCGGCACUAUUCGCAGGCCUUGGAACACUACUUGCAGGCGCUAGGUACUUGCUUCCUUAACCAAUUCUGAGCGGGACCAAUUCCUGUUGAUGUUCUUAACCAAUUCCUGUUGAUGUCAAGAGAUUAGAAGUACUGGGUCAGUGUGUAUUAGCAUCUGUUUGCAGGUUGAAGUCGAUGAUCGACAGAACAAGUAUCACUAAAGAACACAGAUCUGAAAUCAAUUACAACACACAUCAAGAUCAUCCAUUGCCAACUUGCAUGGUUCCUGACUGCGUCGUCUACGGAUCCAUGUUCGGAACAAACACAACCUUCCACUUUUACCUCAACAGCCUGCUUCCACAUGAUGAUAAGUGUAUAGGUCUCGUUCGUCUGAGAGAUGUGAUGAGACAAUCUACACAUCACCCAUAGUCUGACUUGCAGUUGCUGAAUGGUGAAGUAGGACGUGUGGUUUCGUCCAUGGAUCUCUGGGUUGAUGUGGGUCAUGCAACUCCAUGCAGUUGGCAAUGCAAGAUCUCAGUCUAUCUUUCUCGUUCUCUUCGUGAUCAUUUACUGAAACCUUUCUCUAGCAGCUUCCUGCUCGCAGAAAAGGCUCUACCCAAUUCUGUCUCCUUAACCGCACUCAGACAUCCGUGGCGACCACCAGCGUGCCCUAGCUGGUAUCUACUACUGCUAUCGUGAGCAAGGCAAGCCAUUUUAUGCGCGCAGCUACUUGCUCAAGCUGAAGGAUCAGCUACCUCACGAUGUGAACAUCAUGAAAGCUCUCGUCUACACCCAGACCGAGUGCAAGGCGUGGCAUGAGGCGUUGAACGCUUGCACUGGAAUGCUCAGUUACGCUCAGGAGAGACAGCGGAAUGCGGAAAGGAAAAUUAUGGGAAGAUGAAAGGUUUUUACUAUCUUACGCGUAGAUGUUGAUUAUACCCCUAGAACCAACGUACAAACAAGUAGAGACAGCGUGAAAAUUCAUCAACUUGUCUAAGGAAAGCGGGGAGACUCCUAGAGGCGACGGCCAGAGACACGAGCUCAAUAUGGCGCAGCUAGAAGGAGAGGUAAAAGCCCUCCGAGCUGCGGUUUACUCGCAGAUGCGCGACGAGCACGACAGGAGAAGUAGUCUGGAGCAGUACCAGAAGAUCCUCGAGGAGCAUUAUCCGGUGCCUUCUGAACCGAAGGAAGGAAAGAAGGAGGAAAAGAAGGAUCUACUUGAAGAACGAAGGAAGGAGCGCGUAUCUCAAUGCGAGAAGCGGAUCAACAAAUUGAAGGAGGAUAUCGAAAAGGUAUUGUCAACUUCUCUUGGUUCUUUGUUAUUGUCAACACUCAAUUCUAAUUCUAUUUUGGAUCGCGUCACUUCUACAAGCUCAAGCUUAUUAUUUUGUUCUCUCGGAAAAUCCGUCUCUUCACUUUUUGCGAUAUCAUGCGACCACCGAUCUUCUUCGUGUCUCUCUCCCUCCAAAGCUGAAAUGAUGAGUCAAAAAAAAAAUGAUAAGAAGAGUCCGAUACGGCUCAAGCCGCUGAGGAUACCUUUGACGACACACCUCUGACAUCAGCUACUAGAAGAGAAGAACGCAUCAUGCUGUAGCAUUCAAUCUCAAAAUCUCAGUGCUUCUUCUUUGUUCCUCUGUCUUCUCUGCUCCUCUGUGUCUUCAACGCCUUCAUCUUCGCUUUUGUCAAAUGUCGCAGUUUAGCAUGAUGAGCAAAUUUACACAAAAGGAAAGGAUGCUGACCCUUCCUGUGGAGAACUUCAAGAGACUGAUAAUCUCGCUUCUGAUCUGCUUCUGCUACGUUGAUUUUGAAGUCGUUUUCGCACGGAUCAAGAUACUUGUGGACGAAGAUGCAUUUAUUGUAGCCUUAAUUACGGGAGCCUUUCAAUACCCGCGUUAGGUCGAACCAAGUCUACUUAAAUGAUAGCGUUCUCCCUGGCCAGCGAGUUGUGGUCGCGUGUGCGCCUGAGCUCCUCUGCGCCUGACUCUCAGUAAUAUGGACCAGGUGUAAAAGAGAUUUAGGAUGAAAGAAGUAGAAGUUGUAUGCUCGUCAUGAUGACUUUUGUGUUAACUCAAAAAGGAAAGGAUCUGAGCCUUUUCUGACGAGAACAUACCCGAGACCAUAACUCUCUCUGACCAUAGGCAUGUCCAUAAGCAAAUAGUCAAUGAUACACCGUUGUCAGUAGCUACGCACUACUCGCCAUGUAAGUCGUCGGUCAAAUCCGAGCCGGCGUUCAUCACCAACAAGUAACUAGAACCAUUGAUCAGAUAAUCGUACCAAGGCAUUCUCAUGAUGAACGACCGAAACCAAAUAAGAAGAGCCGUCUGACGGGAUUCUUCUCAUUGGUGAGUACCUUUCGAAAGAGCACUGGGUUCUGACAAAAAUGCCCCUACAGUCACAUACUUAGUCACUAUCACGACAAGACGAGAGAAAUGACGUUUUUGCAUCCUACGUAGAUUUUUACUUGUAGGAGUAGUUAUGCCCGCCCGUCCGCCUACCCUACCUACCUGCGCUGCAUCUGUAUUCGAUGCUUUCGCUUGCUAUUGUCAUGAUGAGCACAUGAAAACAAAUAAGAAGAGCCGUCCUAGGUAGCCUUGUGUUGCCUAUGCCGAGACACUUUCAAAGAGCACUGGGUUCUGACGCUAAUGCCAUAAUCACGUUUUUUUUGCUGCAGCCUCAGACUAAGUGGAAACUUGCCACUCGCGCUCUCAUACUAUGUCCUCCAUCUUCUGUCUGCCGUAGGCCACUUUUUGAGGAGUAGUAUACCAGCACCGAUGCUGUUGUCGUGAUGAGCACAUGAAAACAAAUAAGAAGAGCCGUCCUAGGUAGCCUUGUGUUGCCUAUGCCGAGAUACUUUCAAAGAGCACUGGGUUCUGACAAUACAGCAACGGUCUGCCUCGAAAUCUAUCCCACCUCCUGCUUCUGCUACAGUCCUCACUCCUCACGUUUCCGCGUGGCGGAGUCGAUAUUUUAGCGAGUUAUUCUGAGUGCUUUCUGUGGUAAUCAUGGCUCCAUAGUCAUACAACAUUUCCAUUUCCUCCAUUGCAAGAACUGCUUGUCUCACUCCACCUCGUCUUCGACUCGGCGCCAUCCUUUACCCACAGUCUUUUUCCUAACAAAUCUCAGGUCCGAACUGAGCAGAAGGCAGCUGCCACGAAUACGAAUGCUAAGCCUAGGUCUUUCGAGAGCCGGAUAGAGCGAAUUCAGCGUAAAAUCCAAAUGGAGGAGACCGAACGUGGUAAACCCUACACCUACUGGGACUACAUCUUCGAUGACAACCCAGAGGGAUCAGCUGAGGCCCUAGAGCGUUCUGAGUUCAAAAUCUGGAACGAUGUUGCGACUCUGCACUUUCACUUCAAUCACUUUGAGUGGGCGCGCGCGAGCAUUCUGCGUGCGCAGGAGCGGUCCAGGAACAGUGGAGGCGCGUGCACACGCGAAGAUGAAGCAGUCUUGUGCUACAACUCUGGCGUGGUGUUGGAGCGGUUGAGCCAACUCGAAGACGCCAAACACAUGUUUGCAGAAUGCCUGAAGCGCAAACCCAGCUACAAGGAUGCUGAAGCCGCUUUAGCGCGACUCCAACUAGCUAGACCAGCCGAAACCGCUUCCGCUGCUAAAACUCUAGCCCGUCUCUCCGAGGAAACGAAGGAUGAGGGCGCUUGGCUCUUGUCGGCGCAUGGUGCGAUGAGUAGUGGAGAAACUCUAGCCUCAAUCGAGUUGCUCGAAGAAAAGCUCCACCUUCUGGAGAAUGAAAAUUGGAUUCAAGCUUUGGGUCCAGAGUAUCGCGACCUAGGUAGCGAUCCAGACUCGGUUGCGAAGAGGAAAAAACAGAGAGGGGAUUUGUACGUGAAACUCGGAUCGUUGUACGCGGAACAAGCCGAGUGGACGCAUAUGUAAUUCUAUCUUGUUCAUCUACUCCUAUUAAUAAGUUCAUCUCAUUUGUGCUGCUUCUAGAGCAGUGCAGUUCGGUGCUGCUCCAGAGGUAGAUGUCGGCAUCAUGUUGUGGUAUCUUCUCAUGAUGAACACCUUUUUUUUCAAGCUCAACAGGACUGAGAAACCUCAGGGUUGUGCUGUCAAUAUUUCUCCGCUGUUCUGACGAAUUGACGUAAGAAUUUCUCAAACAAGGGGCUUACUUUUACACCUACUCCCAAGAAGACGAUCUUCCUUACAGGUGGACGCAAACCUCGAGCGAGACGGAGCGUGACCACAAGCAAGAGGAGACUGUAGCCCACGUCGCCAACGCCGAGAUCGCGUACAGACGGGCUCUCGAGGAUUAUGGCAAUGAGUGGCCAGAAAGUACGGCCGCGGCCAAGAACGGCUUGGGCAUUUUGAUCGCCAGUGAUGUUACCGGACUCGCGAAUAUCCCAAGGAAAAUGCGCCUCAAAGACGCUGUGGUGGAGUUCAUGCAGGCCAGUAAAGUCCGGGACUUGAAUCCUCAGGCCCAGAUGACGAUCAAGCUGAACUUGGCGCAUACCAUGAUGCGCAAGGAUCCGAGUUCGGCUAGUGCCAGAUUUGCAUUGAAGAAGUACCUUCACGCUUUGAAGAGUCCAGCAUUCCAGAAGAAUAUCAGCCUGCACAAUGCCUGUGCAUUAGCGUAUGCAAGAGACGGGGACACCGAAUCAGCCAUCGCGACGCUGAAAAACGCGUUUCAUAUGCGUACUUACGUUGUUACGUUGUUACUAGUAGGAUCUGUUCGUUGUUGUAAGGGAAAAGAAUGCCUAGUACUUUCGCACUAACUCUGAUUUUGAGUGCCGUCCCCGCAAGGCAUUUCACGAUAAACAUGGAACUGAGGAUUCGCAAAAAACGGCUUGAGAUUAUACACUCAUUCCCCCCUACCCACCACCCCGAACAGACAAAACCUCCACCGAUCUUGUCACGUGCUACAACCUUGGCGUUUUUCUGGAUGGCAAGCAGAAGGCUCUCUUCGCCAAGAUGGGGGAAGAGGUUUCCCUUGACGACUUUACGGCCGCCAUGAGCGUCAAAGAAGAAUCUCUGGUCUUCUACAACCGAGCCCUCAAGCAAUGGAAGCUUUUCACUGGGAAGGACGAUAAGGAGAAGGGAAAAGAGGUUAGAUUUAUUUACGAACUCUGCUUUUUGUAGGUUUCUUUGUUCAUCCUGCUCUGCCUUCUAUUACAGGGUGGCUGAGCGGCCGCCUCUAUAACGUUAGACAAGACGUAGCAUGAACAUGGCAUGGCGUGACAUGACCCUAUUUUUCUAUCCUACCAAACGACCACAGCGCGUGAUCAGAGCGGACGAAUUUAUUAAAAUGGGACUGCAGUAUACCACCAAGCGCGAUAGAAAGAAAAUGCUUAUCAUCGCUAAAGAGCGAUCCACUAUCCUUCGGAAGGAGGUAUUUCUUCUAAUCCUUGAGUACUAGAUACAUGAUCAUUUUUCCAAUGUCACAGAGACGCAUCAAAUCCAACAAAAACGGGCACCAUGAUUAUAACCACGAUAGAGUAUGGAGAAGCACAACUCCUACGUCUCCGUGAUACAUAUCAUCAACCUCUUCCCCUUCCUCUCCAGUUAAGAGACAUCAAAACCGACCUCGUCAAACGGGACGAGAACGAGAAGCUGAAUAUCUCGAAGCGAGAGCAUGCUCUUGAAGAGGAGAGAAAGCACUUAGACAUGCUGGCGAAGAAGAAGGAAGAGGAGCGCAGGAAAAAGGAAGAGGCAAUGCGUCAAAAGCAGAUAGAUUCGGAUGCACUCGCGGCAGAGCAGCAGAGCUGGGCUAUCGGCGAACUUCAGGUCACUCGUGGCGAAGACGAAGGCGAAGAUAAAAAGAAAGACGACAAGAAUCUUAGUGGUACUACUACUUGCUUGAUAAGAGAAUGACGAUGAGAAUCUUAGUGAUACUACUACUUGCUUGAACUUGAUACCACGAUAGCAACACGUGGACGUAUAUGAACUGGAAGUUUUUAGGUGCGCGUAACAGUUAGGGAGAAGUAAAUGUAGAAAACAAACAUAAUCUAGUCUAUGCUGUUGUCUUUGGAGGUACUAGAUGACUAAGGAUUUGCAUCAACGCCAGCUAUAUUUCAUGGUCCAGAAACCACGUGAAUAGGUCCACGUACACUAUUACUACUACUCCUAUCUAAAAAAUACCACAGCCCUCGUCGACGACACUGAGAUGGAGCCACAAAGACUCGGCUUCGGCCGUGGCCGUCCAGCAGGUCCGCUGUCUGAGGAAGAAAAGGCCAAGCGUGCUGAGAAAAAGCGACUAAAAGAUCUGGAGCGCAAGGCCAAAGAACACUCUGGAAAAGGUGUCCAACGAGAACGUCGCAGAAGUGCCAGCCCCACCAAGAGUGUAACUCGUGGAGAAGGAGGAGGGGAUAAGAAAAGGAAGAAGAUCAGGGACGAAACGGAGGAACAGAAGGCAGAGAGGAGAGCAAAGAAGGCUGAAAGACGCAAAUUGCGAGAUGAAAUUCCAGAUGGUACAGUCUUUUGUGAAACUAGAAUUGAUACAACUGAUGAAGAGGACGAAAAGCUACCUGACGAAUCUUGUACAAGAAUUUUUUUCACAACGAACAACAACAAUAAAACAACACAGAUCUAUUCGAUGUUUCCGGUGCAGUGGCCGCAGUGGCUGACGAGUUCGAGCAAUUUCACCUGGAUUUGGAUGUCACUGGUGGUGCAGGUAAUGUGGAUGACGCAGUGACGGGUGCGAUGGAUGCAGGGGAGCUUGAUGAAUUCAUGGCGGACCAGGGUUUGGACAAGGUAGCAGAUGGGCUCUUGGAGGCAGAUGCAGGUGCUGAGAGAAGGGAAAAGAAGAAGAAGGACAAAAAGGACAAGAAGAAAGAAAAGAAGCAAAAGCGGGAUAGAGAAGGAGGUGAUGAGGACAUGGAAGAUGGGGAAAAGAAAAUUAAGGGUCGUAGGUUAAAGGUGCUUUUCUUACCGCUUUUUAUGCCUCUACUCCUAAGGGAGAAAGGCAUAAAAAGCGGGGUAAGCAAGCACCAAAAACCUACCUCUAAGAAAAAGAAGAAAAAGCGUCGUGGUGAAGAUGGAGAUGAAGCUGAUGCCGGAGCAGAUGAUGCUGACAUUUUUGGGGGAAUGUGAGAGAAAAUAAAGAACUUCAACUUGUCUUCAUACCAGCACUGCAUCUUGUUGAUGUAGUCGUCACCAUCUUAUACAACGACCUCCCACGACUUCUUAAUGUGCGUGCCCUAUUUUAGGUAGCUAGUAAGUAUACUAGUGUUGCAAGGAGGAUAUCCUCCUCCAUCAACCUCCACUACAUCCCUCCACGCCACCCCAAGUUACUUAGACGAACCGCUCCUCUCUCCUCAGUACGUAGAAGAUCACUUAGUCUGUACUGCUAACUUCAAAGUACUGGAAUUUCAAACCAGAUCAACCCGUGAUCCAGUGGAUCGCUACCACAGUUGUGGAGCCAGCCACAACGAAACAAGAGCCAGUAAGAGGUGUAGUGGUUCUUUAAGGAGCAUCGGAAGCAGAACAAGAACAAGAAAUAACAAUAAGAAAGAAAAAUCAGCAUUCAACGAAUCCACCACUCAGGAGAAGCAUAGCGGGCAGGACAGCUGGAGCAGACAGGCGCUUCGUAGUAAGAUACUUCAGAUGGUCUGCAGACGACGAAAGAAAGGGACACAACUGAAGAAGAACAACAAAGUAGGCAACAACAAGAAACAACAUCAGCUAUCAAAUAGUUUUCGUGCUGAUCGACAUAGUGACUUAGGCCUCUUAGUGGAAAAUCAAUCUGCAACCUCUCAGAAACAACAAAGUAGCACUGAAGCCUCAAAUACAUCCUCAAAUACAUCCUCAGUGCACAAUUACAACCUUCCAGAGAGGGAGACUAGACAUGACGCGAAAAGUGGACGAUCAACAGAAGUACUUGCAGAAAGAAAAGGAAAAGUGCAUAAUUCAACAUCCCUUCAAACGUGGAAAAUCCCCAUACCCCCCAGAGCUGCAGUGUCUAGCAGCCUAACUUCUAGGGUACAGUCAAGCAGCGCCGAAAUCCCGGGAAGCUGUCGCCCUGAACUUCGUGCGGAAUGUCACAGAGAUGUGCCGGGAGAUCUCCACUUUGUUCCUGUUGACUUGUGGAGUGGGAGGGAGCAGAAGAAAACUCAGAUCACUCACAGGAAGGACGCUGGGACAAGGGAGGAUGGAGAUCGCCAAGCACCAACGAGCAGGCCUGAGAGAAAGGUAGAGCCAUGUCCACAUCAAGCAGCCAGUAGAGAUGCUGUAAUGUCUGGAAGAAGUGAUCAGGAGCAAACAAUCCAGGACAGUGACCAAGAGGGCAGUGACUUGGAAGAGGAAAAUAGUCAUGACGAUUCCCCUUCUGAGCACCACGCUCCGCCUCAGGAUGCCUCUGUAGGUCACAAGCUCACCAUUGCGACGCAGAACAUGCGAGGAACGGGGCGCCACUCUCCACAUUUUGAGGCGGUGGCUAGGCAUGCACUUGGCAAAAGUAUUGAUGUUCUCCUUCUCUCGGAGUUUGAGUAUCAACCAGCUGUAAUGUAUGCUGGGUCUGAGGACGCCUCGUAUGACCGCCAGGGGCUCAACCACGGCACACAAAUACAAGACGAUGAGAUUGGGGAGGAGCUUCAGCAGGCAGAUGAGCAGCCGUUUUCAGUAAUAUGGGGAGAGCAAUUUCACUUAGUCUUCUCUAAUGGAGUGGGAGCUGUUCUUGUAGGUGGCAGAGCAAUGGCGCAAUUAGAGCGUCAGGCAGAUGCUUAUGGGCUGGACUACAUCAUUCGAAGUAGACCGCGAGUUAUAGCCCUAUUUCUUUAUGACCUGGUCCUGCUAGCUGCAUAUGCACCAAAGGAGGUUGCCGCACUCAGUCUUCGAGUCCGUUUUGCAGAUGAUGUAGCAGCAGCGUGGGCCGAUGCAAGGAAGAGAAAAAUUGACAAAUGGAAACCAGUUAUAUCUGGUGGAGAUUUUAACUGUCAUGUUGGCGCAGCGGUGGGCAGAGUAGCGGGCACGGCGGCUGGUGAGUAUGGCUUUGGUCCAACAUCAUCUACAGCAAGACUGCUCCUAUCUAGAAUGCAGUCCGCUGGAAUGGUACACAUUCCCUCUCAUAUGGAGGAACCGCGGGAGAGAGGGGAGAGGCUAACGUACCUUCGACAGACGGAGUCGCAGCGUGAGUUAGAUUUCCUCAUGCACUCAGCGGGGAGGAGAGUCUACGUUCGAAGUUACAAGAGAACUAAGCCUCCUGCAGUACAUCAGGCACGCCUGCAGUUGGAUCAUAAAAUGAUAGUUGCUGAAUUCCAGGCAAGAUCAUGGACGCAGCUAGUACUUGAAGGCAGAGCAAGAAGAGAAGCUACAAUGGUGUUUGACACAGCGCCUGAAACUACGACGCUGGAGUCUUUCAAUGAGCAACUGAGGGAGCUACAGCGGAAUGAGGCAAAUUUUGAUCUUGAGAAACUUCACAACUACCUCCAGCAAUCUGCCCCUAGGUUUUGGGUAAAGGCAAAGAAGGCUCCGGUCAUGUUUGCACCCGAACAAGUUGCAGAGAAGAGGCGAUCACGGCAAGAGAUAUGGACGUUCUUCAGGGAGCAACAAUCCAGGAUACUCAAGGUUGCCUCGCAGGUAUCGCCUGCCGAUGCUCAGUCGAAAUACUUCGAAGUGGGGAACACGCCCGUGCAUCCUGAUGGCGCAGAAGAUCCGCCGCUACCCAUUGAGCAACACAUCCCACAACUCGUCCCACAGAUGUCGGAUGAGGAUUUGCAAACCUAUGAUGCACCGAUAACGGCUGGUGAGCUCAGGGAUGUCCUUCGGAACACGAUGAAGGGUGGAGCAAAAGACAUCCAUGGGCUAUGCAUGCAGCUCAUAAGCUAUCUUGACGAGGGCAACAUGCGGUGGCUGGCGUUAGAACUGGAUAGGCUGGCUCGUACACCAGGGGCCUUUUCGCGGUUGGGAGAGGGCAUGCACCUAUGCAGGGAUGUCCCCUUAUAUAAGGGAAGAGGUGGCCCAAGGUUGGCGGACAACAGCAGAUUUCUGGUUAUCUCGCCUAUACUCUUGAAGCUAGCCGCGAGGGUGGCGGGUGUGAGGCUUUUGAAAUUGGCGGAGGCAAAGCAGAUGCUGCAGGCUGAGCAGUUUGGUUUUCGUAAAUCUAUGGGUACGCUGAAUUCGAUGACAGUAUACAAUAGGCUACGUGGGGACUUGAUGGGACAGCGCUCGGCUCCGCUAAAACAGACGCAGAUGACGAUGAUAGACUUGCGCAAGGCGUUUCCAUCGCUUGAUUGGCGCCUAGUCACAUCGGUGAUGACAGCGAUGGGAAUGGGUAGCGCCAGGAUCUGGAACAUCUUGCAGGCCACGCAUAGACUAGCCAAGCAUAAGUUUGCCAACAAGCAGAAUAGUCUCAUCUUCACGGUGAGGCACGGCUGCAAGGAGGGUUGUCCAACAAGUCCCACCUUAUUUGUGGUUGUAUAUUCGGUAGUACUGCGCUACUUUGACAAACUCUGUUCAGAGCGGUCCUUGUGCCAGGGCAUUCCGCUUCUUUCGGCAGACGGCAUGUGGGCGGAGACUAGACAGCGGAAGCUGCAAAUUCUUCUUCAUGGUGGACAAGGAGGUGAGCAGCACCCGCAAGCAGCCGCAUUCUUCCUCAGACUGAUGCUGUUUGCAGAUGACACAGCGCUACUUGAACAGAUAGACAUGCCUGACUAUCUACCAGAGUCUUCAUAUCCUGACAUGCGAAACAGGCCAACAGGCGGGCAGCUGCUAACUGUGAUGCAAAAGGCUAUUAACGAUGCAGGCACGGCGGAGAACACUGGCAAGCGACAGAUUGGUCUUGCGAGAGACAUCAGACAAAGAAAUCUAGGCAUGCAGACGUCGGAGGUUGAUGAUUUGGAAGUCAAACUAGUAGCAGGAUGGAAGGCUUUCUACUCAUUAAGGUCGAAGAUGUGUGGAUUAUCUGGAAUAAGCAUGCGCGAUAGAGGAGCACUAGUUUCGGCGAUGGUUAGGUCGGUGCUAACCUAUGGACUUCAGACCAGAGCGGUGCAAGCACCUGAGGCACGAAAACAUGCGCAGGCUGAGGAUAUGAUGAUGUGCAACAUCGUAGGCGUGCCUUAUUGGAGAAUGGAUGAGCUGGGAAUAACACCUUCUACACUAAGGAUGAGGGCCAUGCUCCCGCCGUUUCUGCCAUUUGUCAGAUUUAUACAGGCCAGGCAUAUAUCUCACACUCUACGGCAGGCUGACGGAGCCAUAGACAAGCUUGCCCUCCAGGGAGUAUUUCUUCCUGCCCGCAGGAAUGCUGAGGACGGGCGGGAAGUAUACCAGUUUUCACCGGCACGGGACACAGCACUAAAUCCAAUGUGGCGUGUGGCGCCUGACUUGAUGAAGGACUUUCUCGAGCAUGCUAACAAGGUCUGUUCACUGCCAACGGCCCUGCUUAAGCCGCUACUUACGCCUUUAGAGGAAUACUUGAAGACUUUCACGAAGGAGAAGUCCUUGGAGAAGUACAAUCGAGCGAAGAGCUUUCUUUAUGGAGUCUUUCGAGAGGUAUUCAUUGCCCAGUCUGUUGCUGAUUGGUCGAAUGCGGUUGACGACGAGUAUUAUCCUGUCGGUGGCACAGCAGAACUGUAUGGUUUAAUGAGGCAUAAACAUGGUCGAGUAAGGCGAAGAGGUCAUGGAGAGGUAGAUGACUGGCAGAUGGAGAAAACGCUUGAGCGGGCGGAUACGAUUCACCUGGAGGAUGGGGCUGAACUUGCUAAGGUUCACAAGGUUGGGACAGCUAGCGAGUUGUUAACAGGCAUAACUGGUUCAGAGGUAAUUGCGCCUAGUAGUGACCCUCUUGAGGUUGAUGUAACUACAUCACACUCAGGGCACGUUGCCAUUAUGUGCCAUACAUCUGCCAAUCCUUCGGGCGACACCAUGCUUACCUUUAGAAAUAAUAGGCCAAUGAUAAUUCGUGCUGUGCUGCCUAACAACGACGGCCACACUCAGCGGCUUAAAUGGCAGGAAGCAGCGAGGAUGCUACCGCAAGAAGAGGGAUGGAUGAUCAGUCCGCUAGUAGUGCAAGCACCACAAGAAGAAGUUGGUCGUGUGGUAGUCUCUCGAUGGUACUUGGUUCCUCAAGUGAGUGUUUUAGCGGUUCCGCCUACGGUCACGCUUUUUAUAGAGGGGGCGCAGAACUUGGAGUUUCCUCAGCUGACCAAGCGAUUUCCUCCAUAUGCGGUGUUGCAUUGUCCGGCUUGUGCGGUCCGGCUAGCUCCGAAAUAUGAUGUUAUUCUAUACUGCCCUGAUGCCAUGUCGACGGCGUUGAUGGAGCAUGUGACUGCAGGACAUGCUGAGGCGAAUAUACCCACGCCAGCGGCGGCCUUAGCACUUUUGCCUUUAGCUAAACAGCAGCAAGAGUUGGUCCAAGAAGAAAUCAGGGCUAGAAGGAGGCAGUUCAGAGUGGAUCUAGUUCGAACGACUCGAAAGCGAGGCAAGAAGCGAAGAGGUUUGGCGGCCCAUCUGCGUAGCUUUAUUUGUAGGCACUGUGCUGUUACCUUGGUCACAACGUCUGGAGCAGCUUCCGCGCAUGCUCAGGCUCAUAAAGAUAAGGACUAUAUCAUCUUAGGUAAGAAGAUUCUUGGCGAAGCGGCUCAUUCUCUACCUGGAGUUGUCAAAGUAGAAUAUCGUCCGGAACAGCACCUGUUCUGUAAGCAGACAGGUCGAACUACGGUUGGUGGAGAUGCGCGGAUUUGUUCAAUUAAGCCACCUUUGGGAGCUGAGACAAAGAUUGCAGGAAGACCGGCCAUAUGUUGUAGGUGGUGCUGUAAGUACAAACUCGAAUUCGAUCGACAGAAGGAAAGCAAUCAGAAAUUAAUGAGGAGGGUAAACAUGAUGAGGAGGCAUGAAUUCAAAUGUGCGAAGAAGAAGGAUCCUAUCAGAAAGUAGGAAGAGGGAGGGAAGAGCCUGGGGAGUAUGCUCAAAAUCGUAAAAAUGCAAUUUGGAAGAAAAACACACAAUCAAAUGCAAGAAUCACAACCCAAACAAACUCAAACCCCACCCUUGAAGAAGUCAGAUGUGUGUACCCCUUGAAUGGGUUUACUACUACUACUACUAUGUCUAAGAAGUAAGUAGACGGAAGCGACCUUAUGUGCAAGAUGGUCCCGAGAGAAGAUGGUCGCGAGCUUCGUCGAAGCAGCUAUGCAUCCUCCUCUAAUGAACUUCGUAACGCUAAAAUUUUUUGAUGAAGAAGUCAACUCAAACUGAGAUAUUACUUACUCUGUAGGACUAGAGGCUAGAAGAUACUUAGUCACGUAGAAGUAUAAUGUUGUGCUAAUAUAUAAAAAUCAAUCUGAGUGAUGUCUUAAAUGUUUUCUAUUCUUAGAACGAAAUCGUCGUCGUCCGUGGUCGAGGUCGAAUAAAUGACCAAUGUCGACGUGAUGAAGGUGAUAUUUUUUUUAUGAAGUUCAAUCAAAGUGACGUGGUAUAAAAAACAGAAAUCGAAGAAAAUGGUGGCUAGUUAGAACAAGUUGUAUUCGCGCACAAGUGCUAGCCUACCAACUACUUGAAUGAAAGCAGAAAGUAGUCUUCGGAUGAACACAUUUAAGUCACAAAAAAUAGUUUUCGUUCGUCCCGUUGGUUCAUCGCAUACUAGCUAGCCCUGUUUGUUCAUAAUCUGCUAGUACCUGGAGAUGUGAAAAGAGGACUCGCGCACUUCAUCCUCAUGGAAAGAGCACAUCGGUUUUACCCAAGGAGAACAUCAUUGCGUAAAAUUCUUGCAACAUCAAGAGCCCUACCACUACCCGCAGUAAACACGCCAGAACUGUUAUGUCAUAAUCGAGAUAUUUUUUUGUGCGAGCAGAGGUAGGUCUAGGUGCUCUGUCCCCUGUUUAGAAUCGAGGGGUGAAAUCGCGAGUUACGUUUCGAGAUUGUGCAUAUUUCUGAUCCGUGGAAGAUAAACAACACAUUUGCAGAGGGCUCAUGUUUAGAAAAUACUUGGUAGGACAUCAUGAAUGUGUAGUCACUGGCAAUGACAUGUUCUUGUGCAUAACCACUUCUAGGUCAAGAUCGAGUUGCACUAACUCCAGAUUUAGUUAGAGGCUCAUUAAAAAUAUAGUUUUUGCAUUAUGAGCACGGAUGCUAUAUAUAAAAACAUGAUGAGCGCGCCCUGUUACGUCACGGCGUGCAAUGAUGACUAUAUGAUGAAAGACUGCAUGAACGACAUUGCGCACUAUGAUAUGAUGUUGAUAAUAAUUCUCUAUACAACUAGUUGUUACCUAUGGUCGUGAAUACAAGAAUUGCGAAGACCAGGAUGCAUAUAAUGCAGCAUGGGGUAGAGGUACUACUUGGAAGUACUAGGUAUGAUUUCUAUUUUUGCGUCACUAAAACCUCAGGUGGGACUGCUGCAAGACAUAUUUUACCAAUUUUUCUUCAGACUUCAAGAACACUCUCUCCUGUGCGAAGUAGAACAGCCUCAUCUAGGGCGGGUCACCAAGGAAGAAGACGCUGGGUGUUCCAUAGUUACUGUUGGUAGUCCCUCUGAGGCUACGGACGUUCGCCCGGGGAU